GCCGCGGCAAACCGCAAAAGCACCAACUUUUUCCACCCUUUAUUUAUUUUAUCAUCACCUUCUUCCUUUGCCAGAUUUCCCAAAAUAUCUAUCUCUCUCUGAUUUUCUUUCAUGGCUUCUUCUCUGCAUUUUCUUCUUCUUUUCUCGUCACUUCUGUACAAUUUCAGCAUAUAUCAAGCCAAACCCUUCAACCCAACAGAUGGUCUCAUUUUUCAUGUGAAAAAAGAUGUGUCCACCCUCCAGUACGUGACCGAAAUUCACGUUGGCACUCCACUUUUACUAUCCAAGCUUGCAGUUGAUCUGGGCGGUCCAUUUCCCUGGUUCAACUGUGCACCUUCGUCUUCCAGCCGUCUGGUUAACAAGCGCUCAAUCCAGUGCCUUGCAGCAAAGCCAAAAACCCAUCAAUAUCAGGGAAGCAACAAGAAGUGUCAUAUUUUCACGGAGAAUAGGAUCACCCAAAUGGCAAUCCAAGGGGAUCUAGUGGAAGACAUCAUGGCCAUUAAUCAAGUCACAGAUGGUUCAAAGACAGGAUCAAAAUCAAUCACCACCGUUGACUACAACUUCCAAUUUUCUUGUGCACCCUUGCUGUUGUUAAACGGCCUAGCAAGUGGUGCCAAGGGAAUGUUAGGCCUCGGAAGGACUCAAAUGUCAAUGACCUCACAAAUUUCUGCCCAACUCAGCUCCAAACUCCAGUUCAUCAUCUGCCUUUCUUCAUCCAACGGCGUUGUAUUACGUGAAAACGGCCACCGCAGUUCGAAUUUUCGCACGAAAAUUCCGGACUCAAUGAUAUACACACCCCUUGUUAACCAAGUUGAGACACCACAUGAGUACGUCAUCAAUUUGAAGUCCAUUAAAAUUAGUGGGAAGAAAUUGUCUCUGGGCAUUGAAGAAGGGAAGAUUAAGCUAAGCACAAUUGUUCCCUACACUACCAUGGAGAGCUCAAUUUAUGCUACAUUUACUAAAGCUUAUGAGCAGGCAGCAACGUCUAUGAACAUAACUAGGGUUUCCCCUGUGGCACCAUUUGGGCAAUGUUUUAGUUCACGAGAAAAUGAUGGCACGUUUGUAGGUCCAAAAGUGCCCGCUAUCGAUCUGGUGCUGCAGAGUGAGAUGGUAAAGUGGAGAAUUCACGGCAGAAACUCGAUGGUUCAAGUGAGCGAUGAAGUUAUGUGUCUGGGGUUUUUGGAUGGAGGCUUGAACUUGAAGACUUCGAUGGUAAUAGGGGGUUAUCAGUUGGAGGAUACCCUUUUGCAUUUUGAUGUAGGAGCUUCUAGGCUAGGAUUUACUCAACAAAGUUGUUCUGUGCUGAGAUUGGAUUCUGCGUUUAAAGACACAUUGUAACAUGUAAAUAAAUGCUCAAUUUUCGUAACA